CGCAAUCCAAACGCAGCUUAAAUUGGAGCUCUGCACUUUACUAAUUUCCUUCGUACAGAAGUUAAUAGUAGCUAUCCCUAUCCCAUUUCUUUAAUUCUCUAAAGUCAGUUUCAAUGCCACAGAAACUAGCCAAUCAUAUUGAAACCAAAUUUUGAGUUGAGAUUUGAGCUUCUUCUUCUUUUUCCAUGGAUUCAAGUUCAUGGUCCAAGCUACCACGAGAACUUAUGGAACUUAUAUUUAGACGCUCCAUGAACACGAAGGAUCUUGGGAGAUGUAGUCUUGUUUGUACCACUUGGCGAUUACUUAUUGGUAAAUCUUCUCUAGCCACUGACAUUUGGGGGAAGAAUUUCUCUUUGUUGAGAACUGCAAAUACAGGAGCUACUAAGAGAAUUGUGUGGGACUACAAGAAUUUUCAGAUAGAGACUUUUAAAGGUUGCAAAGCUGAGCUUGUUGACAGCCUCUUCCACUGGGAGGCCAUCAUGAUUGGUCCCAAAGAUACCCCUUAUGCUGAUGGGGUCUUCCUCUUAAAAAUCUAUUUGUCUCCUGGUCAUUCAUUUCAGCACCCAAAGGUCAAAUUCCUAACCAAGGUUUACCACCCAAACAUUGGCCGAGAUGGCAGGGUAUGUGUUGAGAAAUCAUGGUGCCCAUCACUUACCAUCUUCCAACUUCUCCUAGUUAUCUAUGCUCGCUUCUCCAACCCUGAACCUGAUGACCCAAUUGAUUGUGAGAUUGCUCAAAUGUAUAAGACUCAGAGAAUUCAAUAUGAUGAAAAUGCAAGAGACUGGACCAAGAAAUAUGCUACGGCAAGCCAGGAAAGCGCAAUAGAUUGGUCGCGAUUUCUCAAGAACAAUAAAAUUUUGGAACCAACAAAAUUGGUGGACUAACAAUCUUGGAUGUCUUUAUUAAAAACACUAGGAGGUGUUAGUUGAGCUAGAAGACCCUUGGCAAAUUGCAAAUGAACUCAGUUAUGUGGUUGUGUUGCAUUUUAAUUGGUUUUGCAAUUAUUACCUAAUAUGUUUGGUGUUUCAAACAAUAGGAUGUUCUGACAUUAAAUGAUUAAAUAUUUAUUAGAAGAUAUUAUCCUU